AUGGCUUCAGACCAGGUGUAUGAGCUUCGUUGGGGUAUAAUCUCCACUGGUUAUAUCGCCAGUAGCUUUGUCAAGGAUCUGUUGGUUGACCCCAAGACACGAGAUGUCCACGAUGUCGUCCACAGAAUCGUUGCAGUCGGUUCAAGAACUGUGGACAGUGCCCAGUCCUUCGUCGAUCGCCACACCUUGAGUGAUCCUGAAAUCAAGGUAUACGGAAGCUACGACGAGGUUUACGCUGACACCAACGUCCAAGCAGUCUACAUCGGAACCCCACACACCUUCCAUUACGAAAACGCCCUCGCAGCAAUUAAAGCGAAAAAGCAUGUCCUCUGCGAGAAACCCGUCACGACCAACGCAGCCGAGUUGCGCGCCUUGCUAUCUGCCGCCAAAGAGAACAGUGUCUUCUUCAUGGAAGCGAUGUGGACGAGGUUCCAGCCUUUGGUGAGGGAGGUUAAGAGGAUUGCGGAACAGGGAGAGCUGGGGAGGCCUAUUGUCCUUCAUGCGGAUUUGUCAGGGGAUUUUGGGAUUGAGAAAAUUCCGUUGACUCAUAGGAUAUUGGACCCCAAGUUGGGAGGAGGUGCGCUGCUUGAUUUGGGGCCAUACCCGCUCGUCUGGGCUAUCCUCGCCCUGUACGAAAACCCCGCCAACAACAAGGCAUCUCCCUCCAGCAUCACAGGCGCGAUGCUCAAAACCCCCUUGACUGGGGUGGACAGCAGCACCGUCUUCACACUCACCUUCGACCCCACCGCCUCCUCAGAAUCAUCCCCCUCGUCCACCCUCGCUGCCCAAGCCAUCCUCUCCUGCAGCAUCACCCUCAACGCCCCCUCCCCAGGCGUCACCAUCCGCUUCGAACGCGGAACGAUCACCAUCGACCCUCCCAUUUACUGCCCUAAAUCAUUCAAAGUCGUUUACGCGAACAAGGGUUCCAAGGUCGCGACUGAGGGUGUUUUGACAAGGACUUACGAGUAUGUGGGCAAAGGGUGGCAUUUCCAAGCGGAUGAAGUCGCUCGGUGCAUCGCGGCGGGUAAAUUGGAGAGUGACCUCUGGGGCCAUGACAAGAGCUUGUUGCAGAUGGAGAUUUUCGACGAGGUUCGCAAGCAGGGCGGAUACGUUCUUCCUCCAGGCGUCGAGAAGGUCACCGCCUAG